AGUCCUCCGGCAGCCCUGCGGCUUCCAGGGCGUCGCGGCCGCGGCCGGGCAGCGCCGCUCCCUGAGGUGACCAUGGAAACGGGUGGCCUCCCCCUGGAGCUGUGGCGUAUGAUCUUAGCCUACCUACAUCUCCCUGACCUGGGCCGCUGCAGCCUGGUUUGCAGGGCCUGGUAUGAGCUGAUCCUCAGCCUGGACAGUACCCGCUGGCGGCAGCUGUGUCUGGGCUGCACCGAGUGCCGCCACCCCAACUGGCCCAACCAGCCUGAUGUGGAGCCCGAGUCCUGGAGGGAGGCCUUCAAGCAACACUACCUUGCCUCUAAGACCUGGACCAAGAAUGCACUGGACUUGGAGUCCUCCAUCUGCUUCUCUCUGUUCCGCAGGAAGAAGGAGAGACGCACCUUGAGUGUUGGGCCAGGCCAUGAGUUUGACAGCUUGGGCAGUGCCUUAGCCAUGGCCAGCCUCUAUGAUCGAAUCGUGCUUUUCCCAGGUGUGUACGAGGAGCAAGGGGAAAUCAUCCUGAAGGUGCCGGUGGAGAUUGUGGGCCAAGGGAAGUUGGGUGAGGUGGCCCUGCUUGCCAGCAUUGACCAGCACUGCUCAACCACACGUGUGUGCAAUCUUGUCUUCAUGCCAGCCUGGUUCUCACCAAUCAUGUAUAAGACCACAUCAGGUCACAUCCAGUUUGACAACUGCAACUUUGAGAACGGACACAUCCAGGUCCAUGGUCCAGGUACCUGCCAAGUGAAGUUUUGUACCUUCAAAAACACUCAUGUCUUUUUGCACAACGUGCCCUUAUGCAUGUUGGAAAACUGUGAAUUUGUGGGCAGCGAAAACAACUGUGUGACUGUGGAGGGUCACCCGUCGGCGGAUAAGAACUGGGCCUACAAGUACCUGCUGGGCCUUAUCAAGUCCUCACCCAUCUUUCUCCCCGCAGAGGACCAUGACUUUUUAAUGUCCUUGGACUUAGAGAGUCGGGACCAGGCCUGGAGCCCAAGGACCUGUGACAUUGUGAUCGAGGGCAGCCAGAGUCCUACAAGCCCAGUCUGUAGCUCUCCCAAGCCAGGCUCCAAGGAGGCAGAGGUGGGCAGCGAUGGGGAGAGAGUGGCCCAGACUCCAGACAGCAGUGACGGUGGCCUGAGCCCCAGCGGGGAGGAUGAGGAUGACGAACAGCUCACAUACAGACUGUCCUACCAGGUGCAGGGCCCACGCCCUGUCCUGGGGGGCUCAUUUCUGGGCCCUCCGCUACCUGGAGCAUCUAUUCAGCUGCCCAGCUGUCUAGUGCUGAAUUCACUGCAUCAGGAGCUGCAGAAAGACAAGGAAGCCAUGGCGCUAGCCAGCUCUGUGCAGGGCUGCCUUAUCCGCAAGUGCCUCUUCCGGGAUGGGAAGGGCGGCGUCUUCGUCUGCUCUUAUGGCCGUGCCAAGAUGGAAGGAAACGUCUUUCGGAACCUGACUUACGCGGUGCGGUGUAUACACAAUAGCAAGAUCGUCAUGCUCAGGAAUGAUAUUUACCGCUGCCGGGCAUCAGGCAUCUUUCUUCGACUGGAGGGUGGAGGCUUGAUUGCUGGUAACAACAUUUACCACAAUGCAGAGGCUGGUGUGGACAUUCGGAAGAAAUCUAAUCCACUCAUCCUGUGUAACCAGAUCCACCACGGUCUUCGAUCUGGCAUUGUUGUCCUUGGCAAUGGGAAAGGCGUCAUCAGGAACAACCAAAUCUUUUCAAAUAAGGAGGCUGGCAUUUAUAUCCUGUACCAUGGAAAUCCAAUUGUGAGUGGAAACCACAUCUUCAAGGGGCGCGCAGCUGGCAUAGCAGUGAACGAGAAUGGCAAAGGCCUCAUCACAGUCAUCAAGGCCUGCACUGGACGUGGCUCUUGGGUACUGACCUCUCCGCAUCUCCCCAUAGAAAACGUCAUCCGUGAGAAUCAAUGGGGAGGUGUAGACAUCCGCCGCGGCGGCGUCCCGAUCCUCAGGAGCAACCUCAUCUGCUUUGGCUACUCCGACGGCGUGGUUGUGGGGGAUGAAGGCAAAGGACUGAUAGAGGGGAACACCAUCUAUGCUAACAAAGGAUGUGGCGUGUGGAUGAUGUCCUCUAGCCUGCCCCACGUCACCAGCAACCAUGUGAGCUACAAUGGCCUGUAUGGAGUGGCAGUGUUCAGCCAGAAAGAUGGCGAGUUCCCUGGAGGCCACGGGGCCCAGGAGAACUUCAGUGAGGACGGAGAUGCCAUCCUCUGGGAGGCGGAGCUGGAGAAGGAGGAUGACCCACUGCGCCGGCCCAUCACCGUAGCGCUCGUGGAGUCCAACAGUAUUAACCACAAUGGAGCAUCAGGAAUCUUUGUCCAGAGCAGCGAGGCACUUCAGGUCGUUGCCAAUGUGAUCCACGCCAACGGGGACAGAGGCAUCACCAUUGUUCAGAGCAGCCAGCUCACACGGGUGGCCAACAACAGCAUCUCCUGCAAUCGCCAGAGUGGGGUCAAGGUGGAAUUUCAGUGCAAGGUGGAGCUCCGGGGCAAUGGUAUCUAUGACAACAGAGGCCAUGGCAUCAUUACCAAGGGUGAUGGUACCGCCGUUGUGGAGAAUGACAUCAUCGGCAACCGCGGCAGCGGACUGCAGUUGCUGCCCAGGUCUGACACUAAGGUACUAAAGAACCGGAUCCACUCCUUCCGGGCCUAUGGCAUUGCAGUGCGGGGCCGUGUUAAGGCCCUGGUUCAGGAGAACAUCAUCUUCCAGGGCAAGACCAACAAGACCAUCUUCCAGCAGAUCACAAACAACAGAGAGUGCAUCAUGCAAAACAACAAGUUCCUUGUCUUCAAGAAGAAACGGGGUUUUCCUGUGUAGCCCUGGCUAUCCUGGAACUCAGUAGACCAGGCUAGGCAGAGUGCUGGAUUAAAAGCAUUCGCCACCACGCCCUGAUGCAUUCAUUCCUUUCCGCGGCCACAGAUGCAGCAGCUUGUUUGUCUGCUCUUCACCUGAGGUGCUUUCAGGUAGUUUCUAGUUCGGGAUGGUGACAGGUGAGGCUAUCCACGCUCACAAGAAGCUGCUGUGGUGGCGGUGGUGGGAGGAAGGCCCCUGAUUCAUAUCCAAAUCCAGGAAGAAGAGGAAGUUGAGGGCCUAAGAGGAAAUGUGACCGUUGCUUAGCCUCAACAGCAGUCAGUGAUUCAGGAGAUAAACCCACACCUAGAUUUGAACUCUGAGAUCCAGAGAACUAGAACCAAAGGUGAGACGCAGCCACUCACAAGCACCGUCUCUAGAUUCAUGGCUUUCCUUUGCAUCCACAGGUCUGAUACCUGGCGCCUGGUGAACCCACCGGCACGGCCCCACCUUGAAAACUCACUCAGGGGCUCCUCUGCAGCCCACAGUGGGCAUAAGGUGACAGCCAUGGCAACCAGGAUCACAGCCCGUGUGGAAGGUGGCUACCAUAGCAACCGCAGCAUCUUCUGUACCAUCCUGUAAGCAAGAAGGCCUGCCUCAGGCCCAAGCCCAGGUGUGUGCUCGGAAGAGCUACAGGCUGACUGUUGAGGUGGAAGUUAGGCCUGGGAAGAUCCUAGACCCAUCCCCAUGUUACACACCUGAAACCCUCGGCUGCCUGGGGACUAAGAACCAGGUUCCCCUAGAACCCUUUAGCUCCACAGCCCCAACUGGAAGGACCUUGGGAACAUUUCCCCAGGAGAAAGGGAAGCGCAAUUGGAGUGUUUCUAGUCACUCCGGCACUUAGAGGUUAUGAAGAGCCGCGGAGGCUCAGACAGUACAUGCAGUUUUUAGGUCACUUGUUCCAAGCUACAGAGAACCUCACUUCACGCAGACCAAAAUCAGACUCUUCUCAGGGAAGAGAGCACUUCUGAGCAAGGGAAGUGACUGUGGUGAGGUGGAGACAGCCGCCCCUUUCCUGGACCUUGACCCUCUGGUCCCUCUUGGGCCCAUGCCAGCCUCCCAGCUGCCUCUGGGAGCUGCAGGGUUUCUAUUAAAGACAGUUCUCCUGGACUAGCACAUGGCCCUGUGAGCAAGGAAGGGGCUUGGAACAAGGACUUCUUCCUGAAAAGCUGCCCCAGGAAUGACAAGGGGACAUGCUAUAAAUAAGAGGGGCAGGGGGCUGCCUUCAGGUGUGAGGCAGGUGCUGGCCUGGGCCCCGUGAGAAUGAACAAAGUUCCGCUGUCCCCAAGGGGAAGUUCAGCACCCGUCACAGGAUUCUGUGUGAACACACACAUUCCAGCUGCCCCUACAGAGUCCAGCCUGUCUGGAUGGAGGCACCCCCGACCCCACCUCACCCCACCCUACCCAACCCAAUCCGACGUGCCCACGUCCUCGUGGACGAUCAGCUGCCUUGACCAGCCCUACCAGAUCCCCCACUCUGUGCCUUGGCUUGUGCUUGUUUUUCUCCCUGGCAUGCCCUUCCCAGACAGCUCCAUCCGUGCAGAUCUCACCCUUUCCUUGAGGGUUAGCUCAGACACUGCCGUCUCCACGUGACUCUCCCCUGGCUCCAAGUGAUUGAUUGUGUUGCUCACCACCCUCAGCCUUGCCCGCCCUCCUGCUCCCUCAGGACACUGAGCACUUUCUGCCUUGCUUUGGAACUCUGGGUCCUUACAUACCCUGUCCUGCCCAUUUACCUGUGAACUCUCGGAAGGUAGAGCCACCUGUCUGUGUCCUUUUGUCCCAGCCCAGAGUCAGAGUUGAGUUAGUGGCCAGCUCCCAAAGGGCUUCACUAGACUGUACUGAGUGUGACAGGCUUUGAGAGUCAGGUGGGCUUGGGUCUGCACGCAGGGCCAGCUCUGCCUGGACGAGCCCUUUCCCACUUGGCCUUUACUGCAGGGCCCUCACCAGCCUUUGGGGUCACUGUCCUACACUGGGCCAUAUCCCGUGCUGGUUCUGUGGAGCCCUAGGUGCUGCUGUGUUAGGUGGGUGGGAGGGGGAGCUCUGAUUUCUCCCUAAGCACUCUGGGGAAAAGAACACUGGCCCUUCCCAUGUGUAGCACUGUUCACUGCACUUGUUUGGUGGCCCCAAUGUGAGUCGCUGUAUAAAAAUGCUGCCUUUGUUAUUUUGUAAGAAAUGACUUUUCUGUGAAGCAAGUACUUACAAAAAUCUCAGUAACCAAAAUAAAGUUCUAUAUUUUAAAGGA